GUGUUCUCUUAUACGGUCGUACGAGUGUAACCUCUUUGGUGGCAGAGCGCAUAAGUGAGUUAGUAUUGCGAUUGUUUGUUUUCGACAACAAAGAAAUAUAUUAAUUAAAUGCUGUUUUGUGCGCCGUAAUGAGUGUUAGUUGUAUUUAAUUAUUAGAAAUGUUGCUUAAAAUACGGCAUGCACUGCUGGAGGUGAGCAAUCAUUCAACCCAGGAGUCAGUCAAGCAAUCGGCAGUUAUAAUCAACAAUGAGAUUAUAAUUAGCUGCGCAAACAUUCUGCAAUCCUUUGCCCGCGUAUCGGGUAAAGGGGAAACACUCAUUCAAAGCUUACAGCAGUGCCAUCUGGUCGAUGCACAGGACGUGAACUGUAGAGAGGGAAAACUACUGCGCUGUUUGAAUUAUCUGGUGACCUUUGAUCGACAUCGUCGCCCAGUACCCGAUCGCAGUCUGCAGCAAAAUUCUGCUCAUCCGUCACAUAUUCUCACUCGCUACACGGCACAACCAUUAUAUGUAUUUUGUGCUUCAGAAGUGUCGCGUAGUCUACACAAGAUAUUGAGGAAUGCAGACUCGGAUGAGCAAAACGUGUUGCGCUCUAGUUUUCUAGUACUGACCAUGAGGAAGUUGAUGGAACGUGAAUCCUUCAAGAGUUUCAUUCAGCACAUUGCAAGCUAUUUGCGUUACCUGCAGCCAAUUCACACACUGGACGAUGUUUUAGUCAUGUGCUCGCCCUUCGGCUUGGAGAACUUCUACAAAACCAUUAGCAUUGGCAAGGUCUCCAAUGUAUUAGGCAAUUCUCUGUUUGGCCUAUCAAAUGCGUUACCCCUGGGUUGUGAAGGAGCAGCUGUAUUUAACAACAAACUCCGACUAAUAGGCAUUAUAGUAUGCACAUCAUUCCAGCGGGAACAGGAAAACGUAAAUCUGAUUUUGGCUGCCAAUUUUAGUUAUCUUGUGAGGGAUUUUAUGGCGCAGCUUGGCACGCGCAUUACCGUGUUUAAUUUGCCACGGGAGGAAUCGAAUUUUGCGUGGGAACGCUCAAUUGUAGUGAUUGAGUCGGCUGCUCACCAAGGCACUGGCACCUAUAUCAGAGUCCAUAAUAAAUGUUUUAUUCUUACCUGCGCGCAUGUUGUUGGCAAACUUAAUUCUCUCGUGCAGUGUCGAGCUUUCGAUCGAGAAUUCAACUCUGAUGUUAUUUGGUGCAAUCCGGUUGAGGAUCGUCCUUACGACUUGGCUUUGCUCACCGCACCUGCAGAUGUUCCCAAGCAUUACUGUGUACGCUUAGCACGUAAUCGCGCUACAUUGGGGCAGACGGUUUACAAUGCCGGCUUUCCAUACUAUGUGAACUUCAACUUCAAGUACGACUUCAAUCCCUCCAUAUUCCAAGGGCGUAUUAUCAAGUGUGAUCAGGGCGCUAUUAUGUCCGAUGGGAGCGUGCAGUCUGGUCAGAGUGGCGGUCCAAUGUUCGAUCAGAACGGCUGCAUUCUCGGCGUUUGCGUGUCCAACAUGAAACAUGAUGACGUUGUCUAUCCAAAUAUAAAUACUGCUAUACCGACGUACGAUAUACGACAAACUCUACAGGAAUUCGCAACGACUAGUGACAUAAAUGUACUAAACAAUCUAGUUGCGAGCCAAGAAGUGUGUCGAGUCUGGUCGCUGGAUAUGCCGCCCAUACAAAGUAAACUUUGACGUAAUUUUUAACUAUUCCAAACUUGUAAUAUAUGUGUC